AUGGAUUUUAACGUAACUUCGCGAAAACGAGCAGCCCCUUCCGUAGCACAGGGUCCCGGCGAGGUCGGCGCCGACGGUCGCGGCGUAGGUCCGUCGGGAUGGAAAUCCACCGCAGGAAGCGGCGGAGCUUCCGCGUGCCAGCUGUCGAUGUACGACGAGGCGCCGGUGGGGGAGGAGGUAGCCAUGGAGCAAUUCGAGGAGUUUGCACUGGACCGACUCCGGGUGCUCAAGGCGAUCGACGACGCCAAGGCGCGAGGAACGAAGGUGGACGAGCUCGACAGCAUGGUAUCUGACAUAUGGCGGAAGUACAUGCGAGCAGGAUGCUCAUUGGUUGACGCUCGUCGCAAGGAUGUCAUAUCGCACUACAUCCUGCGACUCGCCUAUUGUCGCACGGAGGAGCUACGGCGGUGGUUGUUGGCGCAAGAAUCGGCUCUAUUCCGCCACCGAUUCCGAGCUGAAACGCCUGAGAACCAGAGGUGGUUUUUGGAGAGCAACGGUUUACCCUAUCGUGCCAUUGGUGCAGCGGAGAUGACAGAAGUGCGAGAGAAGCUCACUCAAGUGGCCAGGUCCCUCAACCUACCUGUCCCUAAUGUUGACAGUGUCUUUUACAAGGUUCUAUUUGAGGAGGUCCCCGAUCUAGUGGCUUCUCGCAGGGUCUAUCUCGAAAAGGGCUUUGCCUUUGUCCCGAGAGACCAGCUGGCGGCCAUUGUGGUGGGUCAGUUCCGAGCCAAGCUGUCCAAAGCACUCGUGGCAACAAACAGGAAGUGGCUUGCUCACAUACAAGAAGACGAGCAGGAGCGCCUGACACCGGUGAUUGAGGCGCUCAGCACACGCUAUCUAGGCCCUGACUUCUCCCAGCCUGGCGAGACUGCUGAGGUGUCGCUCCGUGAUUUGGACGUCGUUGCGCGGCAGUCUUUCCCCCUCUGCAUGCGGCACCUGUUCUUCAAGUUGAGGGAGGAGCAUCAUCUGCGGCACGGAGGCAGAAUGCAGCUGGGACUGUUUCUCAAGGGCAUCGGGCUGAGAUUGGAGGAUGCACUCACAUUCUGGCGCUCUGAGUUUUCCAGAAAGAUGGGUGCAGAGCGGUUUGACAAGGAGUAUGCGUAUUCCAUCCGGCACAAUUACGGCAAGGAGGGCAAGCGCACAGACUACACUCCCUUCUCCUGUGUGAAGGUCAUCAUGAGCACUCCAGGGGUGGGGGAUCACCAUGGGUGUCCCUUCAAGCACUUCAGCGAGGACAACUUGAGGGCUGCCCUUUCUCGCAUGGGGGUGUCGUCAGGAGCAGCAAUGGAUGAGAUUAUGCAGAAGACACGGCAGCAGCACUACCAGAUCUCAUGUGCUUUAACAUUUGAGGCAUCACAAGGAGCUCCAUGCCCCACAGGGAUCACACAUCCAAAUCAAUACUUCAUGCUCAGCAGACAGGUGAUCGAGGGACGAACACAACCAUCUCUUCCACAAGGACAACAACCCCGGCAACUAGAGUCAAAUGCUAGCAAUCCAAGUGAAAGGUCGGGUGGAGCUGGUACCAACAUUGGAAGGGAGGGGACAGCGGAUCCGAGGCUCGACAUCAUGGGGAAGGCGGAGAUAAUUUCGAACGUCUUGCUAGCUGGGCUAUCGGUGGCUCCUCUUUUCGUGAAAAUAAACCCCAACUUCAAUGUCGUCGCCAUGGCUUCGUUAACCGUGUUCGCUGGCUGUUACCGAUCCGUCAAGCCGGCAGCCCCAGCUGAGACGAUGUCAAAGGAGCACGCCAUGCGCUUCCCCAUCAUCGGCAGCUGUGUGCUCUUCUCCCUCUUCCUGCUCUUCAAGUUCCUCCCCAAGGACCUGGUCAACAUGGUGCUCAGCGCUUACUUCGUCUUCCUCGGAGUCAUGGCCAUCGGGGCGACAAUUCUCCCUCUUGUCUCACGAUUCGUGCCUGCAAAGUGGAAUGAGGACAUUUUCUACUGGAAAGCUCCCUAUUUUAAAGAUUUUGAGAUAGAGCUGACAUUGGCGCAGGUGGUGGCGGGCAUUCCCAGCACAGCGUUCUGUGUGUGGUAUGUCACGCGCAAGCACUGGUUCGCCAACAACGCCCUCGGCCUCGCCUUCUCGCUGCAAGGAAUUGAGAUGCUCUCUCUCGGCUCCUUCAAGAUCGGCGCAAUCCUGCUGACUGGUCUAUUCUUUUAUGACAUCUUCUGGGUCUUCUUCACGCCGGUUAUGGUUUCUGUGGCCAAGUCAUUUGACGCGCCCAUCAAGCUGCUGUUUCCAACUGGUGACCUCGCAAGACCUUUCUCCCUGCUGGGACUGGGUGACAUUGUCAUACCUGGUAUCUUUGUGGCCCUGGCUCUAAGGUUCGACGUCUCGAGAGGCACUGGGCCGCGUUACUUUGUCUCCACCUUUGCUGGUUACAUGGCUGGGAUCAUUACUACAAUCUUCGUUAUGAACUACUUUCAAGCUGCCCAGCCUGCCCUGCUUUACAUUGUUCCUGGGGUCAUGGGUUUCCUAGGUGUACACGGCGCAAUUCGAGGAGAACUCAAGGAGCUAUUGGCUUAUGAUGAAUCCGGGGAUGGUGACGAUAAGGAUGGUGAUCAUGACGGUGAGCUUUCAGCGAAUGGAUGCCUGGCCAGAGCCGCUGAGUGUGGACCGCGUCUAGACGAAGAGAGUUUUUUCCCUUUCUUUACGCCUGAUAUCCACCUUUCCUAUUCCGUUGCUGCGGAGUCGCGCGCGUUCGAGAACCGCUUCGCGAUGGACGCGAUACGGAAGCAGCUCGACGCGCUGAUGGGCGCCAACAGGAACGGCGACGUGCAGGAGACGAACAAGAAUUACUACGACCGGGAUGUCUGUCGCGCGUUCCUGUGUGGCCUCUGUCCGCACGAUCUGUUCACUUUAACCAAAAUGGAUCUUGGACCCUGCUCCAAAGAGCAUUCACUCCGCCUGCGAAAAGAGUAUGAAGAAGCGAAGGCGAAAGGCCUGGUGGACUACGAGCGAGAGCUGGAGAGCAUUCUGGAGAAGCUGAUCGUGGAGUGCGACCGCAAGAUCCAACGGUCGUUCAAGCGCCUGGAGGACGAGGAGGGUGCAGCUGCGCUGAACGCCGUUAAAGUGUCUGCAGUCACUGAUUCUCCAGAGUCUGUUGAGCUGACAAAGAAGAUUUAUCAGAAAAUGGCCGAGGUCGAUCAGCUGGAGCUGGAGAACAGAAUGGACGACAAGAUUCGGGCCACAGAGGAACUGGAGAAGCUCAAGCAGGAGCGAGCGGACAAGCAGGCCGCAUCCAUUCUCGAUGCGUUCAACAAGGAUCGCCUCUCCGGCCCGCCCGCCCCUGGAGGGCCGGCAGUGGCAGCACCUGUGCUGAACCAGCCAGACAGCAAGACGCAGGAGAUGAUCAAAGAGAAGUUAAGGCGCGCGGAGCAAGCCGGAGAGGAGGGGCGGGUGGACGAGGCUCAAAAGCUCAUGGAGGAGGCAGAUGCUCUCAAGAAGCUCGCCAUGGCUCCAAAACCUGACCCGAUUGCAAGUCUCGGCUUCCAGAUCGCGGAUCAGAAGCUGCGGGUGUGCGACAUUUGUGGGGCGUUCCUCAGUAUCUUUGACAGCGACAGGCGAUUGGCUGACCACUUUGGGGGGAAGCUGCAUCUGGGCUAUCUCUUUAUCCGCGACAAGAUUAAUGACAUUCGGGAGAAGAGGAGAAAGAAGGAUGAGCUGAG